UGGGAAAUACUGCUAGGGGACCUUGCCGCCAUCAGCACCAUGGACAACGCAUUCGGGCAGCCCCAGGCGCGUCUGGACGCCGCUGGCUUCUGGCAGAUCUGGCAGCAUUUCGACAAGGAAGAAAAAGGUUACAUCCUAGAGACAGAGCUGGAUGCUUUCUUUGACCAUUUGCUGGCAAAAUCUGGCACCGAGGACACUUUUAUGGAAGAAAAUGUGCAGAAAGUGAAGCAACAGUUAAUGACCUCCCACGACAUCUCUAAAGAAGGUCACAUAGAGAUGAAAGAGCUUGCGCAUAUGUUCUUAUCUGAGGAUGAAAAUUUCCUCCUGUUCUUUCGCCUGGAAACUCCUUUGGAUAACAGUGUGGAGUUCAUGAAGAUUUGGCGCAAAUACGAUGCGGACAGCAGUGGCUUCAUAUCAGCUGCUGAGCUUUGUAACUUUCUCCGUGACCUUUUCCUCUACCACAAAAAGGCCAUUUCUGAGGCUGAACUGGAAGAAUACACCAGCACCAUGAUGAAGAUCUUUGACAAAAACAAAGAUGGCCGAUUGGAUCUUAACGACUUGGCAAGGAUUCUGGCUCUUCAGGAAAACUUCCUUCUCCAAUUUAAAAUGGAUGCUUCUUCUACUGAAGAGAGGAAGAGGGACUUUGAGAAAAUCUUCGCCCAUUAUGAUGUUAGUAGAACUGGAGCCCUGGAAGGCCCAGAAGUGGAUGGAUUUGUCAAAGACAUGAUGGAGCUGGUCCAGCCCAGCAUCAGCGGUGUGGAUCUUGAUAAGUUCCGGGAGAUUCUGCUUCGCCAUUGUGAUGUGAACAAAGAUGGAAAGAUCCAGAAGUCUGAGCUGGCACUGUGUCUUGGGCUAAAAAUAAACCCUUGACCCCUGACUGCUCUGCUCUCUGCUUAUGUGUCUGUGCUUUGCUUUUGUGGACCCAGUCAGCAAACUUCACUGAUGCUGUGGUACUCUU